AUGGAGCUGUUCGCGGCCCACCCUGCUCUCAAAGCCUUUCUGUGCGGCUCUCUCAGUGGCACCUGCUCGACACUGCUCUUCCAACCUUUAGAUCUGGUCAAAACACGUCUACAGACGCUAGAGAAAAAUGUUAAACCAGGUGCACCUAAAGUUGGAAUGAUAUCAGUUUUUGUGCAAGUCAUUAGGACUGAAAACUUCUUCAGUCUUUGGAAAGGGGUUUCACCAUCUUUUGUCCGGUGCAUUCCUGGCGUGGGAAUCUACUUCAGCACUUUUUAUUCACUAAAGCAGCACUUUAUUGAAGAGCGAGCACCUAAUGCUGUGGAGGCCGUUCUUCUUGGAGCAGGCGCCCGAUCUGUGGCCGGGGUUUGCAUGCUUCCAUUCACAGUCAUCAAGACACGCUUCGAGAGCGGUUGCUACAACUAUGUAAGUGUGCUGGGUGCCUUAAAGAGCAUGUAUCAGACAGAGGGAAUCCGAGCUCUGUUUUCAGGGCUGACUGCGACUCUGCUCAGAGAUGCUCCUUUUUCCGGCAUUUACGUCAUGUUCUACAGUCAAACAAAGAGGUCCCUCCCUCAGGAGGUGGCGUCUUCCCCGUAUGUUCCCCUAGUAAACUUCAGCUGUGGGGUAGUUGCUGGCGUAAUGGCAUCACUUGCAACUCAACCUGCCGAUGUUGUAAAAACACACAUUCAAGUGAGCCCAUCCCACUGGCGCACUGUGGAUGCCAUCCACUACAUCUACACUGAAAAUGGAACUCAAAAGAGUCUGGCUGACCCUUGUCUGUUUCUGUUGGCUUGA